AUGCCAUCUAAUGCAGAACACAUACCCAGAAUAGGUGCUUAUUAUUGUUUAAACAUGGGAAUGAUUGCUACAUCAUCAUUUUUGUGUGCGAUUGUUGUACAUAUUUACUUCCGAGGUGACGGACCAAUGCCAAAUUUAUUAAGAAAGAUUUUUCUUGAAUGGUUGGCACGAUUUUUUCGUAUGGUACCGUACACGAAUCCAUAUCAACAACAUGCUGCUAAUGGCAUGUUAGCAAUAAAAACUACGUGCGAUGGUGAUAAAUUUGAAAAAUUUGAAUUACUAAAAGAACGUUUUAAAUCGUUUCAUGAAAAACGAGCAGCAUUAUCAACAAAUAAUCACCAUUAUUCUUCUGGUAGUGGCGAUGGAAAAGAUUAUGGAGCAUUUGAAAACGAUAGUGAUCAUAUAUCACAUUAUUAUCCGUUUCAGCAAACAACACCUGCUAUUUCAGCUUUAGGUAAUAGCAAGCAGGAACCUAUUACAGAAUUAAAUAUUACAUUUAUUACGGUUGAGACUGAUUUAAAAGAGAUUCGCGAUUAUUUACGUACAACAAGAAAACGAAUAGAAGAUAAAGAAGUAAAAGCGAAACUUAUUAAUGAUUGGAGACAAUUAGCAUUAGUUCUGGAUCGAGCACUUUUCUUCAUUUAUCUAUCUGCUAUUAUCAUUUCAUUGGCUGUUAUGUUUCCAAGAUAA